AUGCCUCCCCUUGAUGCCAUCACGGAGAAUAUAGCCUUGCUGGGGCUACUGGAUGCUAAAGAGCCAGAAGCCCGCAAUAAUGUCCCAGCUAAGUUUACCGACGAAAAAUACGCUGCUCGCUUUCCUCUGUCGUUCAAGGAAGAGCAGCGAACUGCGGAAGCCUUCGCCAUUCUAUUGGCGAACACUGAUGAUUGCAAGAAAGUUGGGGCUGUUUGCGUGGAACAACAGCCUGAUGGCCAUGGUCUUGUUAUUCGGACUGCUGUGAACUGCGGGAAUCAAACAGCUCGGCGAGAUAUCUUUACAAAAAUAAUCCGUGCUUUGAAGAAGGCUUCAUCAAGCCUCAUCAGGAGCGCGAGGAAACGCUGCUGGACGACAUCAUCGGCGCCUGCCAGUUACGCUUGCUUGGUCGGCUUCGGUCGCGCCAUGCGCCGUCUUCACGGGAAAGCCUCAAAACGCCUUUUCUACCCAAGCUUCGCGAUAACCUGA